AUGAAAUUUCACUUCUCAUCCCCGUUAAUCCUCCUCCUCCUUCCCGCCAUCACCACCGCACUCACCGACGCCACCUCAAAAAACGACCUCACACAAAAUUCCCACGGCUCCCGUGAUGACUACAACUCAAACGCCCGCCUCGUCGACUCGGAUGCGUCAGGUGUAGCAGGAUCUGCUUCCAAGGGGACGCUGGACGUCCCGGUGGACGGCAAGGACGGCAGGCCUCAUGCCGGUCCGUGGGUGGAAACGAGCGCGGAGCGAGACCGCAAAAGCUCCAAGGGAACCAGCGACGGUUCGGAUCUGAGUUCGUCGAAAUAUGACUCCAAACUCCCCUCGUCCGGCCAUCUCACGGAAGAUGGAAAGGUGAUCCCGCAUUCCAACGGCGGCGUGAUGGAUGACCCCCAUCGAACUGGACCGAAGGAGGGCACGCGCGGUAUGGAAGGUGGCGUGUCGGAGAAGGAGAAGGAAAAUCAAUUGUCGUCCGAAAAGGUACCGGGCGGACCGAAGGAAGCGCCUCCGCUGCCACACAGUGAGCAGAAGAAGAUGCCAUCGGACAGCGAAAGCACAGAUGGAACCGGGACUGGAAAUCGCGGAGUCCUAGAGAAACCGGCCGACCUGCCCGAGACGCCAUAUGAUAUCCCACACCCCAAGUCGCCUUCCUCGAUCAAAGACGAUCCUCUGGCUGUCGACCAUGGCAACUAUGGCACCGGAUCCUCCUCAUCCUCGUCCUCCACUACCUAUGACAAGGACGCUACUAUCCCUGACGCCGGUACCGCGCUUCACUCCCUCGUCUUUUCCUUCACCAUGAUCAUCGUUUCCGAAAUUGGCGACAAGACGUUCCUGGUCGCUGCCCUGAUGGCGAUGAGGCACCCGCGGUUGGUCGUGUUUUCGGCUGCCUUCAGCGCUCUGAUCGCCAUGACCAUUCUCUCGGCUGUUCUGGGCCACGCCGUUCCCACGCUGAUUCCGAAGUCAUUCACGAAACUCAUGGCGGCCGCGCUGUUCCUCGUUUUCGCCGUGAAAAUGUUCAAGGAAGGACGCGAGAUGUCCCCCGACGAGGGCGUGGGAGAAGAGAUGCGCGAGGUCGAGCAGGAACUGGAGGAGAAGGAACAUCAGCAGAUGAGGAUGGGCCGGCGCCGCUCCUCUAUCACGCCCUAUAAUCUCGAAGCAGGCCGCGCGCCCAAGCCGCGUGGAUCCACGAACCGACUUCCUUCCCCUCCGGAGAGUGUAUCGUCAUCCUCAUCUCGUGGCUCUUCCCCCCACCCCAACCGCCGCUGGAAUAACCUCGUCGUGGGGGUGAAUAACCUCUUGUCCCUCCUCCUCAGUCCGGCCUGGGUGCAGACCUUCGUCAUGACUUUCCUCGGCGAAUGGGGCGACCGCAGCCAAAUCGCCACCAUCGCCAUGGCCGCCGGCCAGGAUUACUGGUGGGUUACCAUCGGCGCGAUCACCGGCCAUGGCAUAUGUACUGCCGCCGCUGUGAUCGGCGGGCGCGCCAUCGCGGGGCGUGUCAGUAUGCGUGUUGUGACUCUCGGCGGUGCGACGGCGUUCCUCGUUUUCGGCAUCAUCUACCUGUUAGAGGGUCUCUAUUAG